UCUGAUGGGAAGGUCUCCUUGUUGUGAGAAAGCUCACACCAACAAAGGUGCAUGGACCAAGGAAGAAGACAAUCGCCUCAUAGCUUACAUCCGAGCCCACGGCGAAGGUUGCUGGCGCUCCCUCCCUAGAGCCGCCGGCCUCCUCCGCUGCGGAAAAAGCUGCCGACUCCGGUGGAUCAAUUACUUAAGAUCUGACCUUAAACGUGGCAACUUCACUGAAGAAGAAGAUGACCUCAUUAUCAAGCUCCAUAGCCUUCUUGGUAACAAGUGGUCUCUUAUAGCUGCAAGAUUACCGGGAAGAACAGACAAUGAGAUAAAGAAUUACUGGAACACACAUGUAAGAAGGAAGCUACUGCGUCGAGGGAUCGACCCCUCGACUCACAGGCUGCUCAACGAAACUGCAGCGGCUCACGAUGUUAACACGAUAUCUUUCACCGGUGCUAAAGAUGCUGCGAAAGAUUACCCUAUUGAAAUAUCCCUAAAAAAAGAUGAGAAUAUGAAGAAAAUCUCAGUUGAAGAAAGGUGCCCAGACUUGAAUUUGGAUCUCAAAAUUAGUCCCCCGACAGAGCCAUCGACAGAAACCGGCAGGAAGUCGACUCUUUGUUUCGUUUGCAACCGGGGAGUGAAUAACAGCAAAGAGUGCAGUUGCUGCAACUUUGCUGCUACUGCUCAUGGCAGCUCUAGCAGGCAAUGGAAACAGUAAUGGUUAUGAG